AUGCAUGCGAAAGGUGUUGUCCACAGCAACAUCAACAAGUUUAAUAUCGCUGUAAAUGAGGACGACACUCUGCGUCUCAUUGAUUUUGGCCAUUCGAGUAUUGGUCACAGCAGUGUUGCAACAGACGUCUGGGAUGGGCCGGAUAUCAACAGCAAAGGGCAUGACAAGGCGGUUCAGAACCUGAUUGGCAGUGUUGCGCGGUCGACGAUGACUGCCAUGAUGAUGCCAUGGAAGUUAUCGAGUCGACCGACAACGAGAGCAGCUCUCGCGCUGAACCAAUGGAGAUAUCCAGCGGAGACUUGUGACCACUACAAUCACAGCUUUCCACCUCGGUUUCACUGA